CGCAAUCUAAUUAGUUUUUUCUUUUCAGCAAAUCGAAGGAAAAAAACAACAAAAAUAUAAAUCGGGACGGCGGAGCAGAGGGGUAGGGGGAGGUUGGUGGGACAGGAGUCGAAUCUGGGAGGGCGGCGGCCGUCAGGAAUGGAGGUCGGGACGCGGCGAAGAGGUGAAGCAACGGGAGGGCAGCAGGAUGGGAGGUCUGGGCGGUCUAGAGGAGGGGCGGAGCAGAGGAGGAGCAAUGGUGGAGCGGCGGGACGGGAGGUCUGGGCGGGCGGCGACCGUCGGGACAGGAGGGUGGAGGCGGCGCAGAGCCUCACGGGAUUUCAUAGAGGGAGAUCCGGAGAGGAGUGGAAGAUGGUGUGGGCGUCCGGCGGGGUUUCUGCCUUCUGGGAGUUGGGACUUGGAACUUGGGGGGGGGGGGGGGGGGGGGAAUACAGGAAAUGUAGGGUUAGCUAAGUGUAGCCGGGUAUCCACGGGGCGGGUAUCCCCAAACUCGAACCCGCUCAACAACACACCGGGUUUAAACCUGAACCUGGUCCGAACCCUGUCAACACGGGGUUUACCCUCUUUGAUCGGGUUGGAUAUGGCCGGGUACCCGCGGGUUUGGGUUUCACUGCCAUCCCUAGUCAAUACUGGCUCAUGUUGUUUAUCAUCAUCCCCAGUACUCGGUCUUGUGAGUGAUCUAGCAGAAUAAAUUUGGGUUUUUAGG